AUGAAGGGUUUGAAGAUCAAAUUGCCAAUGGGUAACGAAAGUGAAAUCAGUUUGACCUCAAAAUUGUUGGGUAAGCGGAAGAAAAGAAAUAUGCAUACCAAUAAUUCCGUCAUAUUCCUUGGGGAGAGAGCUGUUUCACCAAGGGGUCCAAAUGCUGUCACAUUGAAGCAAGAAACCAUUUCUCCUGACAACAUAAUUCAAGGAAAUAAGGAAGCAGAAGGUGCAAUAGACAAUGAACAAGCAGGUGCAGAAAUAGUAUCUCCUGACCCUCAAGGAUAUAACAAUGGACAGGGUGAUCAUUUUAACUGCAGUGGCAUUAUUGCAUCACUUCUUCAAAGUGCACAUACCUCUAAAGAGUCAUCUAGCUCAGAUAUGCCACUUUGUGUUGAAGUUGAAGGAGAAAAAAGUGUAACAUUGGCUAAGCAAGAACUUAGAGGUGCCCCAGAAAAAACAUUUGAGACCCACAUUCCUGAGGAAACUGCUGAUGGUGCUGGUGCCAAUACUGCUGCCGCUUUAACAUCCAUGCCUUCAGAACAAGAUGUCCCAGAUGCAGUUGUUUUUCUGGACUCUGAUCUUCGAGGAGAUAAUGAAGAAAUUGGUACAUACAGCCCAGAUCGUGUGAGCUGUAAGAGUUUUGGUCCGUCACUUUUUCACAUGGCAAGCACCUUCUUUGAAACUAGCUCUGAUGCAACAAGCUCAGUGGAUAACAAUCUUAAACAAGUUGGUUCAUAUCGUGUGAGUGCUGAGUUUGCUCCGACUCUUCAUGCCAUAAUUAAGGAGCAUGGUGACAUUGCAAGAAAUUGCAGGCUCAUGUCUCCUGAGAUGUUAAAGGACAUACUGGAGAAAGUUUGCACAGCUGUUCAGAAUCUGCAGCAAUUACCAUCUAGUAAGCUCAAGGAGGAUCAUCUAACUUCUCUAAAUGAUGUUAUAUUUGUUGCUGAAAGUGUGAAUCUGGAUGUAGAAUGGCUUCGCCACUAUCAUGAUGAAAUAUGGGAGACUGUGAAUCAAAUUCCUCACUACAAAAAUCUGAAAACUGAAUUAGUAAAAACAACUGAAAUGUUUGAAUUAAGGAAGAGAGAUCAUGACUUUAUGAAGCUUGAAAUAAUGAAGUUGCAAUCAGCAUUACGAAUGGUUGAGGCUGAGUUGGAAGGUAUGACAGACAAAAUGGAUGAUCUACAGAGGGAGAUACGUGAUGUUCAACCCAAAUUGCAACAAUUCCAUCACAGAUUCGUGGGGCAUGGGUUGCUGUAGGAGUAGGAAGUUCUUUUUCUAAUUUAAGUUGCAGUUCUGAGGUUGAUGAUGACAAACUUUAUUUA